GAUCCUAAAUCCUCUGCAUCGUCUCCAUCGCUGGUCUUCCAUUAUUGACGAAUCUCUUCUCUUUGCUUUCUUCCUUCUUAAACAAACCCAAUUCGAUUUCAACGGACGCCUCUCUCUCUCUCUCUCUCUCUCUCUCUCUCUCUCUCUCUCUCUCUCUCUCUCUCUCUCUCUCUCUCUCUCUCUCUCACUCUCUUUCUCGACUUUUUCUUUGCCGGAGCUCAUAGUGUAGGCGGAUCCGCGGCGGAGAGAUGGCUCCUAAUGAUCCUAAAAAAGCCGGUGGCGGUGGCGGAGGAAGUGGUUUCUUCGCUUCUCUUGCUUCCUCAAUCUCCAAUUUGGGAUCUGUUAUGACCAAAUCAGUUAAUGGUUUGGUUCCUUAUGAGGGGCUUGAAGUCAUCAAUCCCGAAGGAAGUACGGAUGAUGCAGAGGAGGAAGCCAGCAGAGGAAGAUGGAAGCAAGAGGAUCGUGAUGGCUAUUGGAAGAUGAUGCAGAAGUACAUAGGAUCUGAUGUUACAUCAAUGGUGACCCUUCCUGUGAUUAUUUUUGAACCAAUGACAAUGCUCCAGAAAAUGGCAGAGUUGAUGGAAUACUCGCAUCUGUUAGACAUGGCAGACAAAACCGAGGACCCUUAUAUGCGCAUGGUGUAUGCAUCAUCAUGGGCUAUAUCUGUCUAUUAUGCUUUCCAACGUACCUGGAAACCAUUCAAUCCAAUCCUUGGUGAGACUUAUGAGAUGGCUAAUUACAAUGGUGUUAACUUCAUUUCUGAACAGGUCAGCCAUCACCCACCAAUGAGUGCUGGUCACGCUGAAAAUGAGCAUUUUACAUAUGAUUGCACUUCCAAACUCAAAACAAAAUUUCUGGGAAAUUCCAUUGAUGUUUACCCGGUAGGAAGGACACGAGUGACACUUAAAAGAGAUGGAGUUGUUCUUGACUUGGUACCUCCUCUAACUAAAGUUCACAACCUAAUCUUUGGACGAACAUGGGUUGAUUCGCCUGGGGAAAUGGUCAUGACAAACCUGACCACUGGUGACAAAGUCGUGCUUUACUUUCAACCAUGUGGCUGGUUCGGAUCUGGUCGAUAUGAAGUGGAUGGAUAUGUCUAUAACGCGUCUGAGGAGCCUAAGAUACUCAUGACUGGCAAAUGGAACGAGUCCAUGAGUUAUCAGCCGUGUGACGGUGAAGGUGAACCUCUCCCAGGCACCGACCUGAAAGAGGUAUGGAAACUCGCUGAUGUUCCAAAGGAUGACAAAUACCAAUACACACACUUUGCUCACAAGAUCAACAGCUUUGAUACUGCCCCUAAAAAGCUGUUGCCGUCUGAUUCACGGUUACGCCCUGAUAGAUACGCACUCGAGAUGGGCGACAUGUCCAAAUCCGGCUAUGAAAAGAGCAGCAUGGAAGAGAGACAGAGAGCUGAAAAGAGAACCCGUGAAGAGAAAGGCCAAGGCUUUACUCCAAAAUGGUUUGAUAUAACGGAAGAAGUCACUCCUACACCAUGGGGUGAUCUUGAAGUUUACCAAUUCAAUGGAAAGUACUCAGAACAUCGUGCAGCUGCGGAUAACUCUGAAGAUAACACCGACCCUAAGUCGAUCGAGUUCAACCCAUGGCAAUUCCAAGAUCUGUCUACUUAAAAUGUAGCGCUUCAAAACAAAUCUUUUUUGGAAACAGAUGUUGUAAUUCUUAUUCCCUCGUAGUAACAACAAACUUUUUCUACGUCGUU